AUGGCGGCACCGAAGAGCUCUUUCCGCCACAAGGACACGGCCGGCCUGGUCGACAGCGCGAGCCACAUCUUGCACGACGGACCGAUCAACGCAAACUACCCCACCCGCUCCCUCCAAUUCCUCUCCGCCCUCCGCAAGCCUGAACCCAACUCCACCACCACCGCUCCCCCAACGACAGCAGAAGAAAAAGCCACCAACGGCACCACCACCACCGCCCCAGUCGAACCCCUCAACAUCCUCAUCAUCGGCGCCGGCAUCUGCGGCCUCUCGACAGCCAUCGCCCUACGCUUAUCAUCUCCCUCCCACUCCCCCUCCCCCCACCGCAUCACCAUCAUCGAGCAAUCCCCCACCCUAUCCGAAAUCGGCGCCGGUGUGCAAAUUCCGCCCAACGCGACACGCCUCCUGCUGCGGUGGGGCGUGGGCCCGCAUCUCAAGCCGCACGUGGUCGAGCCGGACGGCAGCGUGUUCCGGCGGUGGGAGGACGGCGCGGUGAUAGGGCGGGCGAAGUUGAUGCCGGAGGUGGGGCGGUGGUUUGGUGGGGAUGGAGGGGAUGGGGGAGGAGAGGGGUCGGCGCCGUAUUGGGUUGUGCACAGGGCGGAUUAUCAGAGGGCGUUGUUUGAGAGGGCGAGGGAGGUGGGGGUGGAGGUGGUGUUUGGGCGGAGGGUGGUGAGGAUAGAUGAGGGGAGGGGCGCGGUGGUGUGGGAGGGGGUGGGGGAGGAUGGGGGGCCGGAUGGGAGGGAGGGGGAGAUGUUGGGGGAUUUGGUUGUUGCGGCUGAUGGAAUCCAUUCGGAAGGAAGAAAGGCGGUGCUCGGCGACAGGGAUCAACCGCCGGUAUUGACGGGAUUGGCUGCGUAUAGGGCGACGAUUCCGGCGGAGAAGAUCAAGAACGAUCCGGACACGGCGUGGAUGAUGGAUAGCUACAUUCAGAACGGCUGGUUUGGACCUGCCCGGCAUGUCGUCGCGUACACUAUCGCCGGUGGAGACUGUAUCAAUGUGGUGCUCAUUCACCCAGAGCCUUCGGAUCCGAGCACGUGGAGACAAGAGACAGCACUGGAAGACAUGAAGAAGCAGUUUGUUGGAUGGGAGCCAAGCGUCACAAAGCUCGUCAGUCUGAUUGACCGAACGCUCAAGUGGCCGAUGAUAGCAGGGCAAGCGCUAGAGCGGUGGGUUUCCGAGUCGGGCAAAGUGGUCAUUGUGGGAGACGCAGCGCACGCCAUGCUGCCCUUCAUGUCUCAAGGUGGCGCACAGGCGGUCGAAGAUGGAGCAAGCCUGGCUACGCUUAUAUCGUCCAUCUCAUCCAAAUCCGAGCUUCUAGCGGCACUUCACGUCUUCGAGGAUUUGCGCAUACCACGGACUGCACAGGUGCAGCAGGGGAGCUUCGUCAACGGGCGCAUUUUCCACUUCCAAGAUGGACCGGAGCAGCGAGCGCGAGACGAGGCAAUGCGUGACGAAGCUGAGGGAAGGCAUUACAUCCAAAGUCCAAACGGGUUGAGCGAUCCGACGACACAAAUAUGGCUGUACAGCUAUGAUGCGGAGGAAGAGACGAGAAAGGCGUGGGAGAAGGAGAAGAGGCAUGACGCGAAACUGUGA